ACCUUGGGUAGUCACAUUUUUCCCGGGACCAUAGUUGUCUUGGGCGUGUAGUGCCAACCGAGGCCUUGUCCAUUAAAAUUCGCAUUUACUGACUAGCGAACUAGCUGUUUUACUCUGGAAUAUGGAAGUUUGCUACACGGAUUCACGGAACGUACAAUGACAAGGGAGAGGGGAAAGUCAUCGGCAAAAUUUGUUGCAGACUUCUAUUUGUAAAACAUCAGAAAACAGAAAACCGUCAUGCAGAAAUAUUUUUGAUUUCUAUGAGGUAGCAAAAAAAAAAAAUCGGUCCCCAAAUUUGCCGCCCCAAAAAUCUGCCGCCCUAGGCUCAAGCCUACUCAGCCUACUGGUAAAUCCGCCACUGUUCAGAUGAUAUUAUUCUGAAAAGCGUCAUUGUAACCAACGGCUAACUAAAUGCAGUCUGGGCUGCUACCAACAAUCUCUCUGGCCAAAUAUUUUAACAAUGGAAUGUUCCAAACAAAGCUAUUGGCAACCAAUUUCUGGUCAUUUUGCAAAGGCGAUUUAUUCGUGUUGCAGUGAGAGCGGAUAAAAAAAUGCGAAGAAUAUUGCGAGUUUGUGCGUUUGUAAUAAUCGAUGUACUGUUUGCUGAACUCUGCACGUGCAUGCCGACGGUGCAGUUUUACAGCGGGAGUCCGGGGGUGGAGCACCCUGGCGCUGCCAUCGCCGGGCGAGCCAGCCCGCGGGACAGCGGGGGAGCCUGGAUGGUGUACGUGCUGGUUGGUUUGGUCAGCCUCCCUCUGCUGGUCACCGUGCUGUGGCUGCUGCGCCAGUUGUGGCGCAUGCUGGCCUCCUGCGCAGGCCGGGGCUGCCCCGCCACAGCGCGCUGCGCCAGUCGGCCCGACCACGGCCUGGAGGAGGUCGUGAUCAUACCCGCCGACCACCAGUUGCACUGCUCAGUUCCUCAGGGCGUGCCGUCUGCUAGCAGUGCCCUGCUGCGUGAUGGGCCACUAGCAUCUUCCCAACAACAACACCAGUUUUCACCUGCUUCUCUGAUGGAAGAGAUGUUGCUUGCGACGACUCUUGAACAGAUGCAGAGUGCUUCAACACCUCAGCUGUACGACUGCUCACUUGCCUCUUCUCGCGAGCAGAUGAUGUCUUCUGCUCCUCUGGACGAAGAGGCGGUGCUGAUGUCCAUCCAUGACCAGCUGCAGGUGGAAUAUAGGGAACUGGUGACCAGCCACCACCAUAUGCUCUUGUAUUCAACGGCUCCUCAAGUGGAAAACGUUAAAGGGUUAUUUGCUGAUUACCAGUCUCCUAUCCGUCACACAGAAGAGACGGAAGUAGAGGAAAAAUGCGACCAGGAUGAAGCGGUGCUUUCACCUCCGAUGCAGGAUUUGGAAGCGUUUUCCAUCCCUGAUGCCUUCGCUCCUGCCGAUGCCGACAGUGACAACCCACAGUAUCCCCAGGAGUCAGGGGUGAGUAUAAUAAUAACUAUAAUUAUCACGAGGGUGAAACCAAUGGCAAGGUACACAUUCUCAAUGACUUACGAGUUAAUAAUAAUAGUUUUAACAAACUAA